UCAUUCAUAUUUCUUGCAUGUGGUUAAUGCCACUGGAAACUCAAUCUAUAUCAUUACUACUUCUGCAUUACCAGCCUUAACCAGGCAAAUCAAACAUAUAAUGUUAAAUGCAUUAUCAGUAUUUUCUAUGCGUGGCUUCAUCCUUCUCAUAAAUAAGGCUAGUGUGAACUUUUACUAAAUGUCAGUUUUGGUCUUGUUCAAAAAGCACAGCCAGGCAAGUGUCUCGGACAUAGACCAAAAUAAUACAUUUAUUUGUUAAGCAUGAUAUUGAGUUUCCAGUGGCUUCAUCUGUAUUUGCAAACACAAAUUGGGAACUGUAAUUUUGAUGUUAUGCUUUGUUGUGCAGUGUUAUUGAAUUACAUGCUGAGAUGGGGCCUGGACAUGUAGUAAUAGACGGCCUGUCGGGGCUACUGCGGGGCCGCCCAGCCAGGAUGGAGCACCAUGCCUCCAGGCUGAGGCAGGAGGACGCCGCCUUGCAGCAGGAGAGCCUCAGGCACGGCGACAUGGUGUUCGUAGACGUGGUAGACACCUACAGGAACGUGCCUUCCAAACUGCUUCAGUUCUAUAAAUGUUUCAGGCAGAGCUGGGCAGUGGACCGCAUUGGGAAGUGGCAGGAGCUGGAGUACGCUAGUCCAGCCUACCCGGCGUUUGCCUGCGGCUCAGGCUAUGUGGUCUCUCGUGACCUGGUCCAGUGGCUCGCCAGUAAUGCAGAUAAACCGAAGGCCUACCAGGGAGAAGAUGUGAGCAUGGGGAUAUGGAUGGCAGCUGUUGGACCACAGAAAUAUCAGGAUCCCGGCUGGCUGUGUGAGAAAGAGUGCUACCUGGAUAUGCUGUCGUCCCCCCAACACACAGCUGAGGAGCUGCACAUCCUCUGGGACAGGAAGAGGGCCUGUGGAGACCCCUGCGGUUGUCCCUGGGGCCACUAAAUCUGGCUCACACCACACUCACCAGGUGGCGCUGUGGGUAAAAUGUACGCAACACUAGUUGUCAGUUCAGUUUCUGUGGUUUUCUUUAAACCCCAGAGUUUCAGAGUUUUAUCAGUUAUUAUUAUAUGAUAAAAACGCAUUUUUGCAAUGUUGGAUUUUCUGUUGGAAAAUAAUCUUAAAAACUUUGAGAUGACAUUGCAGGUUCUUAAUAUUAACAAAAAUACUGUACCAACAUAAACCAUGUGCAGCUUCAGAAUAUGUAUCAGAAUAUGCAGCAUACUGUCAGUAUGUGUAUCAUGAACUUAGUUAUUAAAUUUGAGAUUGAAAAUGUCUUCAGUGGAACAGAGGAACUGUGGAAAAAGACUGUGGAUUAAAAGAUGUUGACCAGCAUGUGAUGGUCAUCGUGUACAGAAUCAUUGCUGUAAGACUUGAGUACUUUGUAAUAUUAUAAUUAUUGGUGCUCUGAUACUUGACAGACUUAAACCUUUUGGUUUAAAAGGGAUAGUUGAUGGAAUUUUAAAGGUGACGGCUUUACAUUGCUAUAUUUUGUAAAUUAUUGUCUUAACCUUUUCAUCCUCUUCACUAUUUGUAGAUUUAUGACAAGCUUCCUCACAAACACACACACAGUUUGUACUGUAACUGUCAUUGUGCAAAUAGUGAUGUGGCCUUACUGUAUUUGUUAGGCGUCAUACUGUAUGUAUGUUAACACUUGUGAUAUCGACACAGAUUUAAAUUAGUGUAUUUGCAACACAGAUUUUUGGAACUUGACCAAGCAGUCAGAGCGACUGAGAAAUAGACUCAGUUGUUUAACACUGGUUUCAUGAAACCCUCCUCACAGGUAAUAAAGAACACUUCAGUGAGA